AUAGGAACAGAAGUGGCCGCCUUGGUCGAUCUUGGAUCGCGAUUUUGACAUCUAACGUUAAACGCUCGUAAAAACAGGCAAAGAACAACGAUUCAGGAAUGGAUGAGGAAUCAUUGGAAGCGACAAUAGAUGCAUACAAGACACAGCUGAAGCAAAUAGAAAGUGUCUUGGAAAGUGGAAGCAGUGAGGAUGUGGAUGCUCUCCGUCAACUCCAGCAAGAUUUGAAGGAUAUCAUUGAGCUAACCCAAGGGAGUCUCCUUUCUCUGAGGAAGAGCAAUCUAUUGAGUUAUAUUGAUGACAUCACAGGCCCUCCACAAGCUGAGGAAAAGACAAACAAUGACGCCAACGAGGCCGGUCCACUUGACAUGGAUGAAGAGUUUGCAGCUUUUCAGGCAGAAAUUGCAGCAACAAGUACCUCAUCGUCCAGUUUACCGGUCAGAACUAAUCAGACACCAUACAAAGAAGAUGACGAUGAUGAUGAUGAUGAUGAUGAUGGGGAAGGAGAGGGUGAGAAUCAGGAUAUGAAUGAGUAUGAAGAUAUCUCGGGAACCAAGUGCAGCAUUCUGUACAAACCAGACUGGGGUGCAUACCAGAGACACAAUGCGGUGGUUCUCUCCGUAGAGCCAUCUUCUCCGGGUGAUGAUGAGAUCAAGUUGCGUGUUCUGUUCUGCAACCCUACAAAUGCCUCGAUGAAACCCUGUCCAUACUACUUUAAAGGAGAAUGUCGCUUCUCUGAAGAGGAUUGCAAGUUUUCUCAUGGUUAUAUUGUCAAUGCAUCUGAACUUCAAGCAUUCCAAGAAAUAGAUCUCAGCCAGCUGUCAAUAGAGGGCAGGUGUCUUGCCAAGUACAGUGACGAUAUAUGGUAUCCCGCCAGUAUCAUUGACAUUGACAAGGACACCAAACAUGUCACUGUUUGCUUUGAAUCCUAUGGAGACUCAAUCACAGUAGGUGCUGAAAAUGUGUUACCAAUCGGAUCGCAGACAACUUACGAUGAGGAGGAGGAAGAGGAAGACGACAACCAGAGCAUGGACAGCGAUGGCGACAUGCCAUCAACAUCAGCGAGUAUGAAUCGUCUUGGGGACAAUGAGGAGGAGGAUGAGGUACCAGACAUUCUGUGGAAACCUUCGGGUCCAUCUUGUAAGCUUGGAGAAUGGGAGACACAUACCAGGGGAAUUGCAUCAAAGCUCAUGGCUAUGAUGGGCUAUGAGAUAGGGAAAGGUCUUGGAAAGAAUGGAGAAGGGAGAACAGAACCAGUUGAAGCUGUGAUUGUGCCUGCAGGAAAGUCCUUGGACACUUGCAUGAAAUUGAGAGAGAUGAAAAAACUUGGGAUUGUGGGUAAAAAGAAGACAAAGCGAGGCAAAGGAAAGAAGAAAAAAAAGAAAAAUGGUGCCGGUAACAGCAAGUUGACCAAGUUAAAAAAACCCAAAGAUGUCUUUGAGUUUAUCAAUACACAUCUCGGUGCAAAGAAAAUAAAGGUCAACGAACUGUUAGCAGACAAUACAUUACUGGUGAAGACCAAUCGGGUGCACAGAGAAGAGAGUCAAGGAGAGAGGAAGGCUAAUACAAGACAAUUGAAUGUCCAGCUUCUAAAAACGCAAGACGAAACAAGAGCGACUGAGAAGAGACUCACCCAGCUUAAACAGUCAUUAGUGAGAAAUCAAAGGGAUAAGACAUCCUGUGCAGCUAUACAGCUCAAGAUCCAAAGAGCAGAGGACUAUCUUGCCACCUUGAAAUCAUCGCAAAGAAAACUAGAAAGACAGAAAACCAGCCGGGACGAUCACAAAAAGUUAACAAUAUUUUGACCAAUGCUUCGAUGCUGGACAACAAAGUACUGUCAUUUUCUUUCUAGACUGUUUAACUCUGGGGAAAUUCAUUUUGUUCAUUUGCUUGACCAUCAAUGAAGCAUGCAUAACGCACAUAGAGAUGUUGUGGAUUAGUGGGUAUUUCCCUGGGCUGUGAACUAUAAAGAGGUCAGAGGUUCAAAUCUCAGCUUCCUACUGCAAGACCUAAAUCUGGAUUUAUUACUCUCCUACUUGGUGCUGGAUGAGUACCCGAAAUGAUGCAAAACUCAAAGUGCUUUGCCCAGGAUUGUGAGUGCCUCACUAUACAGCUGGCCUGGAAUGGUUGGUGUACUCACAAGACUGUUUGAAUCAGAUGACUGGAAUAGAUACACCUUGUAUGUGUAGGCUAUUUAUGAGUAAAUGGAUCGUUAUUAUUGCUAUUAUGAUAAACUUAGCAAGUAGGAAACUUACAGCUCUCUGGUCCUCUCUCCAAAGGACUUGAUUAUUUUCAACAUUAAAUUAUGAGAUCAUGCUAUUUUAUAUUUGUGUCUUUACUGAAA